UGCGCAUGAUCACAGCAGUCAGCGGUACAUUCGCAUUCUUACUCAACAAGUGGUUUUUUCACUGACAAGCCGGUAAAGAAUGAAGUGUCUGAUUGUGUUGGCCGUUGUGCUGGGCGUGUCCAGCGCCGGUGUGGUUAAGCGGCAAGCCCAAAGCCCGGGUGUGUUCAGCGCGUUGGAUCUGCUGCGCGGCAAGAGCAAGCUGAGCAAUGACGACAUCCGCAACAUGGUGCUGACUGCGCAGGCCGGCCAAGACUAUCCUAAUCUGGCCAGCAUUCCUGACUCCACCUUUGACUGCAGCGCCCACAAGCCCGGAUUCUAUGCUGACGUCUCCCAACGCUGCCAAGUUGUCCGCCGCUGCGAUGUCAACGGCAACCAGACUUCUUUCCUUUGCCCCAACAUGACCGUCUUCAACCAGAUCACACUGGUAUGCCACUGGUUCUGGGACGUUGACUGCAGCCUGUCCGAGACGUUCUACGAUUACUCCAACAGCCGUCUGUACCAGGAGAACGCUGUCCUGUUGGAUGACGAGACCACCUACGAAGAGACAGCCGCUGCCAUAUCUGCUUCCCCGAAAGCCGCCGCCGCCCCUAAGGCCGCUGCCCCUAAAGCUGCUGCCCCUAAAGCCGCUGCCCCUAAAGCCGCUGCCCCUAAAGCCGCCGCCCCUAAAGCUGCUGCUCCUAAAGCGAAAGCAGCGGCCAAAAAGCCAUAAAACGGAAUAAGCGGAAAGAGGCAGUUAAGGAUUCGUUACCGCGCCACCAUUGCGGUUUUCUAAAUCAUGUCAAACUUUUCGGUUACAACUUCUGAAUAUUUUUACUAGUAGUGUGUAAUGGUCUGCUGUUUGUGUACAAAUACGUGCGUUGUACAAUUAUUUAAACUUGUCGGUAUUCCGGUUUCUAGGUGCGCUGUGUUUAUGUCAAGAGAAUAAAGACGCAAACCUUUCAUCACAUAAUAAUAA